AUGGACCAGGCUGAAUUAACCACCGAUCAGGUUCUGAGUAGGGACAUUCCAUGGGAGACCUACAUGUCCACCAAGCUCAUCUCUGGUACUAGCCUUCAGCUCUUAAGGCGCUACGAUCACCGAUCGGAAAGUCAGAGAGCACAGUUGCUCGAUGAUGAUGGUCCGGCUUAUGUUCGCGUGUUUGUUCAUGUUUUGCGUGAUAUUUUCAAAGAGGAUACAGUUGAGUAUGUUUUGGCUCUGAUAGAUGAAAUGCUGACAGCGAACCCAAAAAGAGCAAGAUUGUUUCAUGACAAUGCCCUUGCAGAUGAUGAUACUUAUGAGCCUUUCCUAAGAUUGCUUCGGAAAGGAAAUUGGUUCGUACAAGAGAAAAGUUGUAAGAUCCUUGCUUUAAUAGUCAGUGUCAGGCCAAAAAAUCAGAGUGGCAAUGCUUCAAAGGGAGAAGCAUCAAAUGAAAAGAAAUCAAUUACCUCUAUUGAUGAUGUUUUGAUAGGAUUGGUAAAAUGGCUUUGUGAGCAGCUGAAGAAACCUUCUCAUCCUACUCGUGGAGUUCCAACAGCUAUCAAUUGUCUAUCAACUCUACUUAAGGAACCUGUUGUUAGGUCUUCCUUUGUUCAAGCUGAUGGAGUCAAGUUGCUUGUGCCAUUGAUUUGUCCAGCAUCCACUCAACAAUCUAUUCAGCUUCUUUAUGAAACAUGUCUCUGCAUGUGGCUCUUAUCAUAUUAUGAGCCUGCAAUUGAAUAUUUGGCUACUUCAAGGACCCUUCCAAGACUUAUUGAGGUUGUUAAGAGUUCUACAAAAGAAAAGGUUGUUAGAGUUGUUGUCUUGACACUCAAAAACUUGUUGUCGAAAGGGACAUUGGGUGCUCAGAUGGUUGAUCUUCAGCUUCCACAGGUUGUUCAAAGUUUGAAAGCACAAGCAUGGAGUGAUGAGGACUUGUUGGAGGCGCUGAAUUCUCUUGAAGAAGGGCUUAAGGAUAACAUCAAGAAGCUUAGUUCUUUUGAUAAGUACAAGCAAGAAGUUCUCCUUGGCAAUCUAGACUGGUCUCCCAUGCACAAAGAUCCCAUAUUUUGGCGAGAAAAUAUAACCAAUUUUGAAGAUCAUGAUUUCCAGAUUCUAAGGGUCCUAUUAACAAUUUUGGACUCCUCCAAUGAUCCAAGGACUCUAGCUGUUGCUUGCUUUGACAUUUCACAGUUCAUCCAGAGCCAUCCGGCUGGGCGGAUCAUUGUGACAGACCUUAAAGCCAAGGAACGGGUGAUGAAACUAAUGAAUCAUGAGAGCGCUGAGGUUACCAAAAAUGCACUUCUCUGCAUCCAAAGGCUUUUCUUGGGUGCAAAGUAUGCAAGCUUCUUGCAGGUCUAG